CUAGUCUCCCCGUCACCGACUCGACUCGACUUGUCGACUUGACAACCAUGAUUUUUAAUGAGGAGUAAGUAAUCCGCAUGAAAAAAUAUUUAAAGAUACACAGAAAUAACAUUUUGAAUGAUUGCUUGAAUAGAAUGAAGCUUAUGCUGCUUACACUGUGGGAAGAGUUUGCAACGAACCAAGGGAAGGAAAUCACGUCCCUCUUAGAAACUAGGCAUUUCCAAAUAAUUAUUGUAAAAAGGGUUGAUUUUACUGCCUUUAAUGGUGUUUCUCUGUUUUCUCGAUUUGAUGCAAUGUUUGAAGUGGACCCUGCUCAUACAACAUUUGAAUCCCUUAAGAAAUGGCGAGAUGACAGCAUAGACCUUUUCAAGAGGUUCAUUGGCCUGAAGGCAUAUAAAGAUGCUCUAAAUGCACUGCCCAAAGUUAAAACUUUCUGAGGUUUUCCAAGUGAAUACCAAGAUAUGCACCAUGGUUGAGCAUCAUCGAAUGACUGAAAUUAGAUAUGUAUUACUAUUUUCUCGUGUGGAUUAAGUUUUAAAUUUCACACCAAAUUUAGGGCAAAGGAGUUUGGAUUACAGUAGAUAUGAGAACUCUCGAUGAUGAACCAAAUUCCUACAUUGGCUAUGACUAUUGUAAUAAAAAAGUUUGUGGACCACGUGGUGAGAAGAAGUGAGAAUUCUCGAUGAUGAAAAGUUUGAUGCUUAAAGAGAAAGGAGUAUGAUCACAUGAGGCAUUAAAUGGUUAUGGACACCAUGGUCGGUCUAAACAUAAUAUGUGCUAGAAGAAAGCUAAGAUGUAAAU